AUGUCCCAAAACAAGACCAAGGAGGCGGCCUCGCUCAGUUCGUCGAAACUUCCAGACUAUCGCCUCAAACUUCCAGGAUUUGGCCGGCCACUGGAUUAUGCCCCAAGCGAAAAAAAUAUCUAUGGUGUUCAUAGCCGGAGUCUGUUCCCAUCUGCUUUAGAUGAUAGGGACGUCGAAGCAGGUUAUGUAGAUCUGCCUGUCUUGACUCUCCGUGAGAUCGCAAUGUUGUGCUUUCUGGAAUAUUUGACUGAUAUCCCGGAGUGGUGGAAAAAGGUUUUUGAUCCUGCCAUCCAGGAGCAGUGGAAAAAGGAUGCCAUGAGCUGUGGUAGAGAUAUAACGCCGCGUAUGGCCGAAUGGAUUAUCGACGAGCUGGAGUUCAAGGCAACGAUCUAUGAAAACACAGACGUUGUUGCUCUGUACAAUGGCGAUGUCACCAAAUCCGACAAGAAUUUGUCGGACUCGCUUAUUGAAAGUCUCAGGAUACAGAUCAAGUCUCUGGAGUGUGACGAGCCAGAGUUGAAAUUCUACUACCCGGGAUUCUUAAGAAAACAGCGAGACCUCAUCGCCAUGACGCUGUACCCUCUUGUGUACGGCAAAAGUCGCAUUCUCACAGACAGGACUAUUUCACUCGAGAAUGCCAUUGAGUACGCCGGCCAAGGCGAAGUCAUACCUGUCCCGAAGGAGACUGGAAUCACCAGAGAGGACAUCGCCUGGCGAGUCAUCUCCAGGGCAGAUAUUCAAGUUCAUCCCUACAGCCGCAACUACCAGGUCCUCCCUGCGGACUGGGAAUACCGUGAAGAUGGUCGAUGGCACAUAGUCACUUAUAUCAACAAUCUUCACCCGGUCAAGCACCGGAACAUUUACAAGCUCCUUGAGGAGUGUUUCAAUAACAUCAUCCCUCAAUGGAACGCAACUUUGACCCCCCUGAAGGACCAGCUUCAUGCCCGUGCCCGGAUCGAAUACGAAAAGGCGGAAUAUUAUCCUAUUUCCAAGGAGACUGCGGCCCAGGCACCCCAGAUUGGUCCCAAAGAGGCACAAAGCGUGUUCGACGCGCGAAACGAGAAAUGGAGAAUGGAAAAUCUCGUCGCUAUCCAACCCGAUGCAGGCAAAUUCAUCCCCUGGGCCGUUCCCCCCUGGAUGAUGAACAACUUGCCCGAGGAUCUACCCGCUCCUGUUCGAAUUGAACGAGGCGUUGACCUUGUCCGCGACUACAAAGAUCGAGGUCUGCAGGUAAUCACCCGUCUGCUUGGCUGUGAUCUCACCCCAGACGAUUCCUUUUUUGAGACAGACUGGCACGUCGAGGGCCAAAUGAACGAACAUAUCUGCGCCUCCGCGUUCCUCACUUACGAGCACGACAACAUCGAAGACGCCUUGAUGGAAUUCCGCAACAUUGCCGAAACAGCCACACUUUCAGAAGUAGAACACGACACGAACGACUUCAUCUGGCUGCGGCAAGUCUUCGGCCUAGAUAACGGCGAACCAGCCAUCCAAUGUCCGGGUGCGAUCCGCGUCGUACCCGGCCGAACUAUCAUGUACCCGAGCACAAUCCAGCACAAGUUCACGCAGUACGAGCUGAAAGACAAGACGAAGCCUGGAUACGCGCGUGCCGUCGCGUUCUUCCUCAUCGAUCCCAACAUUCGGAUUAUUUCUACUGCCAAUGUUCCGCCGCAGCGCUUUGAUUGGACUAUGGGUUUAGAGUCGUCGGAUGAUGAGCUCAGGUCCUCGAUGUCGAAGCUUGCUCUUGAUAAUAGGAAGUCCAAGGGGAAUAUGCCGCUUAGUUUGGAUGAAGCUUUGGACCAUCGAAAUAAAUUUUUGCAGGAGAUUAUGGAGUUCAUGAAGUAUCAACAUGUGGCUUUUGAGUCUAAAGUUUUGUCGCUUUAA